AUGCCUAACCAGGCAGCCUGCCAAACAAAAUCGGAGCAGCCGGCCGGACCAGCUGUCCCAGAAUUGGACGAAACAGUGGCAAAGUUACCAACAUGGCAAAAAUGGACGAUACUGUGUGUCGUUUGCUGGAUGACUCUGCCUGCUACCUUCGCCAGCAGCUCUAUCAUGACAGCACUUGCAGAAGUUGCCACCGAUUUCGAUGUCCCGACCCACGUCAUUACCACAGCCAACGCUGGCGUUUUCAUUGCGAUGGCUGUGUCUGCCCUCAUCUGGUUGCCAAUCAGCACAAUCAUUGGCCGCAGACCUACCUAUCUCUUAGCUACAAUCAUGCUCACGCUGUCUUCAGUGGGCUCAGUUACAUCUCAAAGCUUCGCCCUUUUCGUCACUGCCUGGAUCCUCGGAGGAGCAACCGGACUUUACUUCCUUAUUGCUGGACAAACCAUCUUGGCAGACACUUUUGAACCAACCAGUCGAGGCUUGGCGGUCGGGCUGUUUCUCGGGAGCUCGGUUGCUGCAAACUCAUUAGCGCCGAUGAUUGGAGGUGUUAUUGUAUCAUACACAACAUGGAGAAUCAUCUACGUCGUCCAAGCAGGAAUGACGUUCUCUGGCCUAAUGCUGGGAUACCUAUUCAUUCCAAAUACAGCCGGUUUUGAAGAGGAGGAAGCUAAGGGUGGAUUCAGCGACAAUGAUGUUUUUGGUGCAUUGCGCAGGUUCAGUCCAUUUGGCGUGUUCCGCUUGUUCAAGAACCCAAACAUCAUUAUGGCGGACUUCGCUUGCGGGUUACUGGGCUUCAAUCAAUACGCUCUCAUAGCUUCCGUUCGACGAGUUAUCAACCCGCGAUUCAACCUCACAACUCCCCUUAUCAGCGGUCUAUUCUAUCUCGCCCCCGGAGCUGGCUUCUUGCUCGGCAGCACGAUCGGCGGCGCGCUGUCAGACCGAACAGUCAAGCGAUACAUCCACAAGCGGAAUGGUCUCCGGCUGUCGCAAGACCGACUCAAUGCCUGUCUUCCCGCAUUCUUCUUGCUGUUGCCACUAGGAACACUGGUCUUUGGUUGGAGUCUGCAACUAGAAGUUGGCGGGAUGGCUUUGCCUGUCAUCAGCUCAUUCGUCCAAGGUUUCGGUCUAAUGUGGUCGUUUAGCGGAUUGAACACAUACGCAGCCGAGGUUGUACCAGAAAAGAGAACAGCCGUCAUUAGUGGAAAAUACAUCGUGCAAUACUGCUUUGGGGCCGGCGCUGUCGGUGGUGUCGUUCCCAUGAUAGACGCUAUUGGAGUGGGCUGGGUCUUUACCAUCACGGGGCUUGGUGCCACCUUUGGCGGUGUGCUCGUCUUAGCGAUAAUCAAGAAAACACUGCAUAUUCAAAGCCAGAAAACUAUUGAUGAUAAGCUUGACAACGAUGCCGACAGUUGUGUGUAA